CAGCCGGUGUCCGCCGGGGCGGUGCCGGCGGCGCGGGGCGGGCGGGCGGCCCCGCUCCCCCCGCUGCGGUCUCGGUUCCCAUGGUGACACUUCCUGUGGGAGCCGAAAGCGGUAGUGUGGUAGUGCCGGGAGCGCCGGGCCGGGCCGGGCCGGGAGAGCCGCGCCGCCGGCCGGGGAUGCUGCGGGGCCGCGGACCGCGCCCCUAGCGCGCCGGGCCGGGCCGGGCCGGGCCGAGCCAGGGAUGCAGGGCAAGGGCAAGCUGCUGGUGGUCCACAACGGGCGCAUGGGCCCGGCCGUGUCGGACGGAGAGUUAAAUGCCUCCCGGGCCCGUGGCAGCAACCACAGUGUGAACAGCCUGCCAGGCCCAGCAGCCACGUGUGGAUCCAGCCAGGGCUCUGUGGUCAGCUGGGCUGAAUCCUUCGAGACGCUGCUGCAGGACCGUGUGGCUGUCACCUACUUCACCGAGUUCCUCAAGAAGGAGUUCAGUGCUGAAAACGUCUACUUUUGGCAGGCAUGUGAGCGCUUCCAGCAGAUCCCGGCCAGUGACACACAGCAGCUGGCCCACGAGGCACGGCGGAUCUACGAUGAGUUCCUCUCCAGCCACUCGGUCAGUCCUGUGAACAUUGACAAGCAGGCCUGGAUUGGGGAGGACAUGCUGGCCACCCCCUCCCCAGACAUGUUUCGCAUCCAGCAGCUCCAGAUCUUUAACCUGAUGAAGUUUGACAGCUACACACGUUUUGUGAAAUCCCCACUGUACCAGGCCUGCCUGCAGGCAGAGAGCCAGGGCCAGCCCCUGCCUGACCUGCGGCCCCACUCCCGCAGCAGCAGCCCCCCUCCUGACCUCAGCAAGAAGACGAAGCUGAAGCUGGGCAAGUCGCUGCCACUGGGCGUGGAGACAGCGGGCAGCAGUGCCAACCGCAGCCUUCAGCGCUCCUUCAGGAAGGGAGAGCGGCGGGAGCCGUCCUGGGCAGACGGGGGAGAAGGCAGCAGGAGCGCCAUGCUGUGGAGGGAGUCCCAGGGCUCACUCAACUCCUCAGCCAGCCUGGACCUGGGCUUCUUGUCCUCGGGCAGCACAGCCGCCAGCCCCUGGACGGAGGUGAGUGGGCACCACGCCAAUGCACGGCACCAUGCUGCCUCUGGCUGGGCUCAUCCUACCACAUCCCUCCCUCAGGGCCAGCAGAAGAGCCCGGGGGGCAGCGAGGCAGAGCUGCCAGCCAAACCCAUGAAGUACUGCUGCGUGUACCUGCCCGACGGCACGGCCUCGCUGGCCGCUGUCCGGCCUGGCCACUCCAUCCGGGACAUGCUGGCAGGGAUAUGUGAGAAACGUGGCUUCAGCCUCCCCGACAUCAAGGUCUUCCUGGUGGGGAAUGAGCAGAAAGCGUUGGUGCUGGACCAGGAGUGCUCCGUGUUGGCAGACCAGGAGGUGAAGCUGGAGAACAGGAUAAGCUUUGACCUGGAAAUCUCCUCCCUCAGCAAGACCAUCCGCAUCACGGCCAAGUCAACCAAGCGCAUCCGGGAGGCGCUGCAGCCCGUGCUGGGCAAGUACGGCGUGAGCGUGGAGCAGGCGCGGCUGCGCAGGCAAGGUGAGCCAGCCAUCCUGGACUUGGAGAAGCUGGUCAGCACAGUGUCUGCUCAGAAACUUGUCUUGGAAACACCAGCAGACAUGCAAGUGAUGGGGAGCGCUGAGGCUGCGGCUGCCCCCUCUCUGCUCCAGAGUGAGGAGGGAAGCCCAACAGGAGCAGAGCCUGACACACGAUGGGAGAUGCCCUCCUCCUUCUCCAGGCCACAGUCUUCAGCUGCCAUGAACCUCAACCGGCGCACAUACGACCUGGAAGGGCUGGUGGAGCUGCUGAACCGUGCCCAGAGCUGCCGGGCCAACGACCAGCGUGGGCUGCUCUCUAAGGAGGACCUGGUCCUGCCUGACUUCCUGCAGCUCCCUGUGCAGGACAACAGUGCCUGUGAGGGGUCACAUCAGCCCAGUGCCCCUCAGGCUGGCUCUGAGGGAAGCAGCUGCCCUCAGGAAGAGCCUGCGCUGGCUCAGCCUUCGUUGGACCACAAGCUCUGAUGAGUCCUGGCACGUGGCACCCCCAGGCCAUGCUGGGGUUCAAGAGGGGCCCGACAGGCCCUGCCCUGCACCGCUGACACUGCCUGGACUGCAGAUCCAUCCACGUCCUGUCCCAAGCUGUCAUGUCGUGUCGCUGUGAGUGGCUGAGCAGCUGCCAUGCCCCUCUGUGGGGCCACAUCCCGGUGCACAUCAAGGGACUCUUGUACAUAGUUUGAACCCUCGUUGCAAAGCACUUUGCAACAUCCCUGGCACUGUCCUGCCCAGUGCCUCUGCCUGCAGCAGAGCUGCCUGCCCAGCACAUCCUGCCUGUGUCGGGCUGACACAGCCCCACUCGCUGUCUGGGUGGGGAAAGCUCCCUUCCAGCUGCAGGGUGUGCAGGAUAGACAGGGUGGGUGGGGAGGAAAGGCAGGCUCCAGUCCUGAACUCCAGUGCUGUGGGCAGGCAGGGUCAGGAGAACGUGUGCCCGGAGCUCAGAGCCAGAUCCAGUCCCUGCCCCGUGGGAACAGGGCUGCCCCGUUGUUGAUUUACAAGUCCACCCUUCCUGGGGAGGGUGAGCACGGCCCUGCCAGGCUGUGCCCCGGGCAGGCUGUUACGUCUGCAUUGCGUGAGCGUGGCCUGAUCCUGCCACAUUAGCACUGCUUGGAGCAGGGCACACGGUUCCUGCCCCGGGCAGCCAGAGGCAGAGCCAGCAGAUGGUGCCAAAAAAAGCCUUCCUCCUCCCCGCCGGAGAUCCUGCGUGGGCGGCUGCUGAGGGCCAGGCAGGAGCAAGUCCCCAUCUCCCCCCUGCCCCAUCCCCACUGGGGUGGGGGUGCUCAGCCUGCCAGGACAGCUCUGCUUGCUGCCAGAAGAAUGCAGCACCUCUGGGUGCUGAGCACCUCAGCCUGCUGUGCACGUCCCCAGCCUGUGCCCAGCCUGUCGUUCCUGCCAGGAGCCUUGAGCCCCAUCUGCCAGUCCUGGCUGUGCACUGCUGGUCCCCAUGCCCAGCAGCCCGGUGUCCCCAGAGGUCCCAGACAGAACCUGCAAUGGAGACAUUCCCCCAACAGCAGCCAGGAGAUCCCUCCACAGUCCAUAUGUGCCAGAGCCCUUCCUGCCUGUGCCUUGGGUAACCACUCCAUCACCACUGCCUGGCCAGAGGCAGAGGGGUGACCCAGGACCCCCAGGCUUGCCCAGAGAUGGGGGCAUGGCCACCCAGCCCUAUGCUGCCACAGCCAGCUGCAGCCCUGUGGCCUUAGAGCCCCCUGUGUCUCUGUGAUGCUGCUCAGUUCUGUCUGUGCUGUGGAACCAGGGGAAAUAAAGAGCAUUGCCUGGA